AGGAGAGAAAUGCUAGUCACGACAAUAUUUUGUGUAUCCGCUAGGCGUGCACCGAGAUGGCGAUGCCCAUGUGCUCGGACGGGCGCUCGGACAUGUUCGAGCGCGCCCCGUGGAACGAGGCCGAGUACUCGAAGGCCUGCUUCGCGACGUGGAAGGUGCGGCCCAAGUUCAACAUGACUCUCUGGGAGUUCGGCGGCCGGGACCUGAGGGGCUCCAGCAACAUCGUGUUCAGCAACGGCCUCCUGGACCCGUGGUCCGCGGGCGGCAUCCUGCGCAACAUGAGCGACUCCGUGCAGGCCGUCCUCAUCCCCGAGGGCGCCCACCACCUGGACCUGCGCUCGCAGAACCCCGCCGACCCGGCGUCCGUGCGCGGCGCCAGGCGCCUGCACCGCCAGCACAUCCGCAAGUGGAUCAAGCAGCACUGGCGGACGGCCAUGCACUCGGCGGCCCAGGAGGGCGGCAGGGAGAACCGCCUGCUGCCCGAGGAGCCCCUCUUCAUCACCUCGGAGGAGGCGAGGCGCUGAGAGUCGACGAGCAGUGGCUCGAGUGCCGCGCAGACAGUACACGAUAACACGACUCCCGAGUGCUUUUGGUCCAGGAAAUAAAACAGCCCCCUCUUUCAAAA